AAACAGAAGCUUAAGGCACAAGUGCACAGAGUGUGGGCGACUAUCCUCAAGCCAUGUCUCGUUCUAAGGAGUCAGAUGAGCUUAUUUUCUUUGUGAAUGGAAAAAAAGUCACUGAGAGGAAUGCGGAUCCUGAGGUUAAUUUAUUGUUCUAUUUGAGAAAAGUCAUCCGACUCACAGGGACCAAGUAUGGCUGUGGAGGAGGUGACUGCGGUGCCUGUACAGUGAUGAUCUCAAGAUAUGACCCCAUCUCCAAAAAGAUCAGUCAUUUCUCUGUCGCUGCCUGCCUGGUCCCCAUCUGCUCGCUCCAUGGGGCUGCUGUCACUACCGUAGAAGGCAUAGGAAGCACCAAAACCAGGAUACACCCUGUCCAGGAAAGGAUUGCCAAAGGCCAUGGUACCCAGUGCGGGUUCUGCACUCCUGGGAUGGUAAUGAGCAUCUAUACUCUCCUGAGGAACCACCCAGAGCCCUCCACAGAACAGAUAAUGGAAACCUUGGGCGGGAAUCUAUGCCGCUGCACUGGAUACAGACCCAUUGUGGAGAGUGUGAAAAGUUUCAGCCCAAGUUCAGUGUGCUGCCAGAUGAAUGGGAAAGGGAAGUGUUGCUUGGAUGAAGAAAAAAACGAGCCUGGGAGAGAAAACAGUGUUUGCACCAAGUUGUAUGAGAAAGAAGAAUUUCAGCCCUUGGAUCCAACUCAGGAGCUUAUAUUUCCACCUGAACUGAUGAGGAUGGCAGAGGAUUCCCAAAAUACAGUUCUGACCUUUCGUGGGGAAAGGACCACCUGGAUUGCCCCAGGAACCCUAACUGACCUUCUGGAACUGAAAAUGGAAUACCCCAGCGCUCCACUCGUGAUUGGCAACACCUGUCUCGGGCUUGAUAUGAAGUUCAAAGACGUUUCUUAUCCAAUUAUCAUCUCUCCUGCAAGGAUCUUAGAAUUAUUUGUGGUGACUAAUACAAAGGAAGGGCUGACACUGGGCGCUGGCCUCAGCCUGACGCAGGUGAAGAACGUCUUGUCUGAUGUGGUCUCCAGGCUCCCCAUGGAGAAGACGCAGAUGUACUGCGCUCUCCUGAAGCACUUGAGGACCCUGGCUGGACAGCAGAUCAGGAAUGUGGCUUCCUUAGGUGGUCAUAUUAUCAGUAGACUGCCGACCUCUGACCUCAACCCUAUUUUGGGUGUAGGCAAUUGCAUCCUCAAUGUUGCUUCAAAAGAAGGAACGCAGCAAAUCCCUCUGAAUGAUCGUUUUCUCGCUGGAGUUCCAGAUGCAGGCCUGAAGCCAGAGCAAGUGCUCAUCUCUGUUUUCUUGCCACUCUCCAGUAAGUGGGAGUUCGUAUCAGCUUUCAGACAGGCCCCUCGUCAGCAAAACGCGUUUGCAAUACUGAAUGCUGGCAUGAAAGUCGUUUUCAGAGAGGACACGAGCACCAUCACAGACUUGAGCAUCUUAUAUGGAGGGAUUGCCACCACUGUAGUCAGCGCAAAGAAGUCCUGCCAGCAGCUGAUCGGAAGGCGUUGGGAUGAAGGGAUGCUGGACGAUGCGGGCAAGAUGAUUCUGGACGAAGUCUCCCUCCUGACAGCGGCCACUGGAGGAAUGGUGGAAUACCGAAAGACUCUUGCCGUCGGCUUCCUCUUCAAGUUUUACUUAGACGUGUUGAAGCAGUUAAAGAUGAGGAACCCCCGUAGAUACCCUGACAUCCCGCAGAAACUUCUCCACAUUCUGGAAGACUUCCCUUUGACCAUGCCUCAUGGGAUGCAGUCAUUUAAGGAUGUAGACUCCCAGCAGCCUCUGCAAGACCCAGUCGGGCGUCCCAUCAUGCAUCAGUCUGGCAUUAAACACGCCACAGGGGAGGCAGUGUUUUGUGACGAUAUGUCUCUUUUGGCGGGGGAACUCUUCUUGGCAGUGGUAACCAGCAGCAAGCCACAUGCUAAAAUCAUAUCCCUUGAUGCCUCCGAGGCUUUGGCGUCACCUGGUGUGGUUGAUGUAAUAACAGCUCAAGAUGUACCUGGUGACAAUGGCAGAGAAGAAGAAAGCCUAUAUGCACAGGAUGAGGUGAUCUGUGUGGGUCAGAUUGUUUGUGCCAUAGCUGCUGAUUCUUAUGCUCACGCCAAACAGGCCACAAAAAAAGUGAAGAUUGUCUAUCAAGACCUGGAGCCCAUGAUUGUGACAGUCCAGGAUGCACUGCAAUAUGAAUCAUUCAUCGGACCCGAAAAAAAACUAGAACAAGGAAAUGUUGAGGUUGGAUUUCAAUGUGCCGAUCAAAUCCUCGAAGGGGAGGUGCACUUGGGAGGCCAGGAGCAUUUUUACAUGGAGACUCAAAGUAUACGCGUGGUCCCCAAGGGAGAGGAAAAGGAGAUGGACAUAUAUGUGUCAAGCCAGGAUGCAGCAUUUACACAGGAAAUGGUGGCUCGCACCUUGGGCAUCCCAAAGAAUAGGAUCAACUGCCAUGUGAAAAGGGUUGGUGGAGCCUUCGGAGGGAAAACAAGCAAGCCUGGGCUCCUGGCAUCCGUGGCAGCCGUGGCCGCACAGAAGACUGGCCGUCCAAUCCGCUUUAUUCUCGAGCGUGGGGAUGACAUGUUGAUAACUGGAGGACGUCACCCACUAUUUGGGAAAUACAAGAUUGGCUUCAUGAACAACGGAAAAAUCAAGGCAGCUGACAUCCAGCUUUAUAUUAAUGGAGGCUGCACCCCAGAUGAUUCUGAACUGGUGAUAGAAUAUGCUUUGCUCAAACUGGAAAAUGCUUACAAGAUCCCCAACUUCCGUGUCCGAGGUCGCGUCUGUAAGACCAACUUGCCAUCCAAUACAGCCUUUCGGGGAUUUGGUUUCCCCCAGGGGGCGUUUGUAACAGAAACCUGCAUCUCAGCUGUAGCAGCCAAAUGCCACUUACCACCAGAGAAGGUUCGAGAGUUAAACAUGUACAGAACAAUCGAUAGGACAAUUCACAAGCAAGAAUUUGACCCAGCGAAUCUGAUAAAGUGCUGGGAGACAUGCAUGGAAAAUUCUUCCUACUAUAAUAGGAAAAAAGCUGUGGAUGAAUUUAACCAACAGAGUUUCUGGAAGAAGCGAGGAAUUGCCAUCAUCCCCAUGAAGUUCUCAGUUGGAUUUCCAAAGACGUUUUAUCAUCAGGCUGCCGCUUUGGUCCAGAUCUACACAGAUGGGUCUGUACUAGUUGCUCAUGGUGGUGUUGAACUGGGACAAGGUAUUAACACCAAAAUGAUACAGGUGGCCAGCCGUGAAUUAAAGAUACCAAUGUCUUAUAUACAUCUAGAUGAAAUGAACACUAUGACCGUCCCCAACACGGUUACCACUGGAGCCUCCACAGGGGCUGAUGUCAACGGGAGAGCUGUUCAGAAUGCUUGUCAGAUCCUCAUGAAGCGUCUGGAACCCAUCAUCAGCCAGAAUCCUAAUGGUGCCUGGGAAGAGUGGGUUAAUGAAGCUUUUAUUCAAAGCAUUAGCCUCUCCGCCACUGGAUAUUUUAGGGGUUACCAAGCUGACAUGGACUGGGAGAAGGGAGAAGGUGACAUUUAUCCCUAUUUUGUUUUUGGAGCUGCCUGUUCUGAGGUUGAAAUUGAUUGUCUGACAGGAGCUCACAAGAACAUUAGAACUGACAUUGUUAUGGAUGGAUCUUUCAGUAUAAACCCUGCCGUGGACAUUGGCCAGAUUGAAGGGGCAUUUGUUCAAGGUCUUGGACUUUAUACUCUAGAGGAACUGAAAUAUUCACCUGAAGGAGUCUUAUACACUCGUGGUCCACACCAGUACAAAAUAGCAUCAGUUACCGAUAUCCCAGAAGAAUUCCAUGUAUCGCUGUUGACACCAACCCAAAACCCAAAAGCCAUCUACUCUUCUAAGGGUCUCGGCGAAGCUGGAAUGUUUCUGGGCUCUUCCGUGUUCUUCGCUAUUGCUGCUGCCGUGGCCGCAGCUCGCAAGGAAAGAGGCUUGUCCCCGAUUUGGGCCAUAAACAGCCCUGCCACAGCAGAACUAAUUCGCAUGGCCUGUGAGGACCAGUUUACGAACCUGGUUCCACAAAUGGAUUCUAAAUGCUGUAAGCCGUGGUCCAUCCCAGUUGCCUAAUGCUUGGAGUUCAAGCACAAAAGCAGAUAUUUGGAUGGACUUAAAGCUUCAACAGGUUGCUAGUACAAACAUCUUUGUCCAAAAUACAUAGAAAAUUAGAGGCAAUUCUAAAAUUUUCAUAUUUAUAAAAUCAUGUAAUCUUUAAUCAUAUGCACUAUAAGCAACAAUGUGUUUACAGAGCUUCAGCCAAAGGCUGAAAGGGAAUUUUCCACUGCGUGAAGAGUUUCUGUGUUGAGUCUUCAGAGAACAUGAAUAUCUAUUCUUAACUCUAUGUUCCUAGUCUGGAAAAAGUAAAUAAAUAAAACAAAACAGAGAAAUGAA